CGUGCGCCGAGUCAGGGCCCGGAGCCGGCCGAUGGCGAUCUAGAGCCCGCUGCCUGGGGGCUUCGGAAACAAAACACCCGCCCGCCCCCCUCCUCCCCCAACCCGGAUCCACAUAUCCCUCCCUCCCUUCAAACCUCAUCGCGCAUAAUCCCCAACCCCUCUCCCUCCAUCUCUCCCUGUUACAGGCCGAGUCCCGGAGAGCAGGUUGCUGAAUCAAAUUGAAUUGAAGGUGGCACACAGUGAUACAAGACUCCACUGCUAUGCCCUUAGGAGAAUCUUACCAGUUGCUGUAAGGAGGAUAAACUUCAGCUUUAUUAGAGGAGAAGAUUCAAAUAACUCAUUUAUACCUGCUUGUUUGGAAAGCUUUUGGGAACAUUAAGAAACUCAAUUCCACACACACGGCAUCAUCUCGUGCUGAUACUUAUUAUUUGCAGGCAAAUUCUGCAAAGAGCAUGUACUCAGCAUGCACAGACGUGUUUGAAAUUUUGUUCAGCUGCAGUGAGCUUAAAAAAUAUCCAGCGCUGUUAGAGACUGAGACCUUGAAGUAAAAGCUUUAAUGAAGGAUGGAUCCAUACAGAGUUACCAUGGAAUCAAAGGCUGCUGCUUCAAACCUCCUGAGUGCACUGCAUUCUUUCUAUCAAUUUGGCCAUCUAUGUGAUGUGACUGUCCAUACAGAGCACCUUGGGGUUCAAGAAGAGUUUGCCGCUCACAGAGCGGUGCUGGCUGCAUCUAGCAAUUACUUCAGAGAAAUAUUCCUCAGGGAGGAGCUGUCUGAGAAAAAGGAAACUACAGUCACCUUGCAAGAUAUUUACACUGAGGAUUUUACAUCCUUUUUGGAGUUUGUAUACACAGCAAAAAUAGAGAUUGAACCUCAGAAAGUAUAUCGAAUACAGGAUGUUGCUGAAAGAUUAGAAUGUAAGGAUCUUGUGGAAGCCUGUGAGCAUCUAAAGAUUGAGCUAUCAAGGCAAAGCCCAGAUGUGAAGGGGCAAGUUUGCCAAGAGUAUCAGCUUGCUAGUAGAUCUGAAAGUGCUUGGAAUACAAUGGACUCAGAGCAUCUGGAUAGCCAGGAGAUGGAGAGUUCAUCCAGGAUUAUAGCUGCACCAAUGAAAAACAGACUUUGGGACAAAAUAUUAAAAAAGAAAACCUUUGAAACCGGACAGCCACAGGUAGAACACUGCACACAACGGGGAAAUGUAAAAGAAGUCACUGAGUCAAUCACUGUCAUUGAUCCUAGCACAGGAAUGGUUAAAUCGACUACCUAUACCACAGAAGAGGUGAAUGAGGAAGAUGUUGAAGUUGCUGGUGAUCUUAGUCAAAAAGGUGAUUGUAAAACUGAUCCAAUAACCCGUGCAGAUUCCCCAGAAACACGAAUUGUGAUCAAGAAAUUGCACUGUCUGGAAGAUGAGGAUGGAAUGCAUGAUGAGCCUGAAGGCUCAGAGAGUAAUGAGCUGAAAAAAAUGACUAGGAGCGCAUCCAAGCGCAUGCCUCAGAGUUAUACAUGUGACAAAUGUCACCAGAUUUUUCAAUUCUUGAAACCAUAUCAAACUCACAUGAGUGCUGAGCAUGGUAUUACCAUUGUGGUAAAGUACAGCUGCAGUAUGUGUUCUCAUCUUUUUUGCAAUCAUCAGAACCUAAGGCAGCACAGACUGACUGUUCACAAUAAUGAGCGCCCCUUUGCAUGUGCAUUGUGCGACAAGCGAUUUAAACGCCAAAAGGACAUCAAUGACCAUGUUAGGAGAGUACAUGAGAAGAGAAGGACUCCACAGACAUGUCCUUAUUGUGACAAAAUUAUUAGUUCAAAAUGUGGACUGACAGUUCACAUCAGAACACAUACAGGGGAAAAGCCAUAUAAAUGCCAGUUUUGUCCAGCAAGCUUUGCUCAGAGAUCUGCCUACAACACUCAUGUAAGAAAGAUACAUGAAUCUGGUCAAGAGAAGAAGCUACCAUUUGUUUACUGGAAGGUAGUGCCACAAGUUGAUACAUCAGAUAACGUGGCUGGUUUUGUCAUGGACAUCAGUAGUAACAGGGACAGAUGGGAUAGAUCGGAAGAUAAUGACCUGGUCAUGGAUGUUAGUAAUAACAAGGAAACAUGUCAUGAAAAAGAGCAACAGAGCACAUUCAACGCAGAAAUUGGAUGUAAUAAUAGCAAUGAAAUGGAAGAAAGAAGUGAAGGUACCAGGAAUGCACAAAGUAAUCCGCUAAAUAACAAAGAAGCUCAUGUGAAGAAUGAAGACGAUACUGGAGAGGAUGAAACUGAAGACUUGGAAAAUGAUGAUGAUGAUGAUGAUGACGACAACGAUGGUGACACAGAGUGUGAGGCAGAGGCUGAUGAAGAAAAUAGCACAGACGAUGAAGAUAAUGGUAAAGACGAAGACUAUCCAAAUGAGCGUGAUCCUGAACCAAAUGAUUCUGACGAGGACUUUGAUGUAAAGAAAGGCAGCAAGAGGGGAAGAUCACGAAAAUCAAAUCACAUCAUUAAAUGUGACAAAUGUGAUGAUGAAUUUGAUUCCAGAAAGGAUUAUGUGGUUCACUGCAAGGAUGUUCACCAGUCAUUACCAGGGAAAGUCUAUCACUGUGAGAUAUGUGGGAAGGCUUUUGCAACCCACAACAGUUGGAAAGAGCAUUGUGCUUGUGUUCACAGUGAUGAAAGGCACUUUGCUUGCACUCUAUGCAAUGCAACCUUUAAGAGAAAAAGAGAUGUACGGACUCACUAUGCUCGGAAGCAUGAAGGGCGUAUUAAACGUCCGCUGUGCUCUGUUUGUGGGAAAAUUCUGAGCUCACGAACAGCACUGGUAUUCCACAUGCGGACACACACUGGAGAGAAGCCUUAUGAAUGCUCCAUUUGCCAUUCUCGAUUUGCCCAACCAUCACAGCUGAAAAUUCACACAAGGUCACACACUGGAGAGAGACCCUAUAUUUGUGAGGACUGCGGAGCCUGUUUCACUGAUAAGGCUAAAUUAAAUGGUCAUAAGAGAACACACACAGGGGAGCGCCUUUUCGGGUGUGAUGUAUGUGGGAAACAUUUUGCCACCAAUGAGUAUUUGAAGUGUCACAAGCGAUGUCACAUGGGUGCCAAACCUUAUAAGUGUGAUGUAUGUGGGAAAACCUUUGGGUUGAGAGCCUCCUUGGCCCAGCACAGCAAUAUACAUGCAGAAACACGUCCAUAUUUUUGUGAACAGUGUGGAAAGGCUUUUACUCAACAGGGAGCACUUCGACGUCACCAACGAAUUCACACAGGGGAGAAGCCUUAUAAAUGCAAGGCCUGUGAGCGAACUUUCACAGAUAUGUCCACUUUGAGAAGACACGUGUCUGUCCAUGACCGAAAUGCCCAUUGGCGCUCCUACUUGAUUGAUCUUACCUCAAAGAAAGAUCAUAAUUGGUCAAAAAUUGAAACUUUAGCAGAUGCGUGCUUGUCUGAUGACCCUGUACCAGUUAGCUGGAUGAAUAUUCGGAAUGAACGACCAGCAGAAGGAAUGCAACCAAGUCAUUGACCAAUGUUACUAAAACAGGUGGACACAACACACAGUAUGUAUUGUCUUCAAAUUUACAAUGAAAAAUAGGGUAUAUUUUUAUUUCUAAUUAACUGUUUGUGUAAGAAGCUAGCAAUAGUUUAAUCAUAUACAUCACAAACAUACACUCAGUUCGUCAAAUAUAGUGAUCUGCCACAUUGUCAUUUUUAGAUCUUUCAUUGUGCAUCAGGCUUCUGUAGUCAGUCCAUUAAUACAAAUCUGAAAUAUCUAAGUCAAUUGUAUUAAUUUGAUAUUAGUGAGGCAUAAUAGGUAAUCAGUGUCAGACUAAUCUGCUUAUUUCCUACAGUGAAAAUAAUUUUUUUGUACUUUGCUGUUGGAGAUCAGCAUAUCACCGUGGCAUUGUCUAGUAUUACUGUUUUCCUCAAAACCAUUGUUUUUUUCUAUAUAUUAAAACAAUUAUCAGUAAGCAAUGGCGGGUGAAGGAAUUUUGCUUCAUUGGUACAAUGAAUAAAAGUGCACCUGCAGGUUAAAUCUAUGCAGCUGAAUUGUUUUAAUAAAUCACUUCAGUAAGAUUCUAAAAUAUAACUCUAUAUUUGUUUGACAUCUUAGAAAUAACCUGAUCUUACCUUAAAAUGUAUUUCUAUUUCUUGUAAUACUAGAGAAGUAUAAUUAGUAACAUGUUUUCUGUGAAGCUGGCUGUUUGCAUCUCUGCUUGUAUCCCUAGAUUAAUUUUAAAUCUCUUUUAAAGUAUUUAAAUACGAUAGUAUAACUCCUUAAACGUUAAAUAAUCCUGAACCCAGGAAGUUUAGAAGAAUUUGGUUAAUGACAUAAAUUGCCAUGGAAACUUUUUCAGUACUGCCAUAUUAUGUUUAGAAUUGAACAUGCAGUGUAAUAUUGUGGAAGAUGAAUGGUUUGUAAGUAGAGAAGCAAAAAGCCAUAAAGAAGCAUUGUUAUUUGAUCAGAAUAGGCCUUCACAAGGUGUCCAAUUUUGGUACUUGAUGCAGAUCUACUGUUGAUCAUUUUUCAACAUUGUGAUAGAUAUCUAAAAAAUGAAUGUUUUUUCCCUCCAUUGAUCAAAUCUAGGUAGCAUUGUAUAUGUUGGAACAUACUACACCUUUAUCCUGCUAGGACUAAUUGUAAUUUUCUAGUGUGCAAUGAGAACUCAAUAUUAGACAUAUGUUUGCUCAGCACCUAAAGGGUCUACAAUAUCUUGUUUGCCAAUAAAACCACGUCACUGCACUGUAAUGUCUUGUAUUAAGGAUUACAACUAUAUGAUGUCAUGUUACUGACCUUUUGUGUAUUGUGCUCCAUUUAUUUUCUUGUAUGGUCAUGUGGAGUGAGCAUCUGCUGUGGUACAAAGCUUGUUACUUUUAAGAGACAUUAAUUGUAAUUUAAGGAUGCAUUCAUUAAUCCUAGUCUUUCAAAUAUACCAUAAUGGUAUAUUUUAAUGCAUUUGACUUUGAAUUGUUAAUAGAGUUGUCACAUCGGAAAUUUUAGUGCAAUAAUUAUUGCAAAACAUAUGAUUGUUUAUCUAUUGCAGCAGCAGUAUGAAAUCAAGAAGCAUUAAAAUAUGUUUUAUUUCAAACAAA